ACCAAAAUCUCUGCUUCAUCAUUUUUAUCUUGUAGGAGGACACGGGCCAUCUUUGAGGUUGCAGUUACUGUACACAAGAACAUACAACAAAGAGACUUAGAAGCUGGAAGAAACCUCGGCAGUUGGCUACUUCGUCUUUUCGACCGAAUCAAGCCUUCCGCUCAGAUCCGUGGCUCUCCAGUAAUGCUUCCUAGCAACAAGCAGCCACCAAAUCCUAAUAAUUCGCUCCGUUCAAAUAAACUGACUGAUGAAAUCUCAGAUCGAAUCGACAAAAAUCGGCGACUCUUCACGUCUUUCAGCAAGAAUUUCGUGCCUUUGCCGGCCAUUAUGAUGAUGAAGCCAAUAAAGCAAGCUCAGCAGCACUAUUUCUCUUCUAAUUCAGUUCAGCAUUUCUCAUCACUUUUGGAAUGUAGGAGAGGGCACUAUGGUGGUGUUAUUAGGACUGAUAUUGCACUGUGGAUGCAUCAGAAAUGAGAGAUUGAUUCUUCUUGGAGGUAGGUAAGUAGCAGUCAUUACUUCUUUUUAUUUUCUGCGAUGUAAAAUUGUUUUUCCAAAAUUUUCUGCUGAAAUCUUAUCCUCCAAUAAAGACUG